AAAAAAAGGCGACAGACGCUGGUGGUCCUCUGUUUACUUUUUAGUGAACUACACUAAAUUUGAUUUCGAGGUGUCUGCAUCUAGCUGUACUUUUUCAUCUAGCUGUACUUUUCAACAGCCUAUUGCUUCUACACUACACGUCCAUUAACAAUUACUUAUUCGAAGGCCAUUUUCGGUCAAAUAAUGGCAAAUGACGUUGCUUUUCACACUCAGCUAGCCUCCAUCAUGGAGGUUUUGGCUAACGCGGCCGUGGCUGAAAUCUGCGAGCUUGUUGACAAUGGCUAUGCGGUCCUGCAUUUGGAGAUAUCUCAAGGACAGAAGGAGAAUGAAGCGUUGAGGAGAAAACUACGGAUGAUGGAGCUGAAAGUGUCUCGUGCGAGUGCUCCGAGAGCGGGAAUGGGAAGCUCAAUUCUCGCGCACAGUCGUUCUCGAACUCACUUUGGCAUGGAAUCGAAAAGGACAUCAAGCGGCGAGGUACAUUGUCGGAGAGCAGUUGAUUCCCAGUUGGUCACCAGCCUUUUUAGGGACGGAAAGUCCUCAGGUGAUACUGGACAGACUACCACACAGAGAAAGCCUGCAGCGUUAGAUGAGAGAAAGCCCAAAUCACCUACCAUCAAAGAGGAGAGGCGGGAAGAAGCCUGGGACAAUCAUGACCAACGAGAGAGACUGAGGACCGGAGCUUUAAAUCCCAGUGUUGGAGGAGAAAGGCAUUCCAACAUCGACACGGAGGAUGCUCAAUCAAUCAGCAAACAGGAGAAUGCCAGCUCUUGUAUAUGGGUGAGUGGUGAAACAGACAACAGCCUCUUGCCAGAAUCAAAUGAAAAUCUGAGUGUGAACAAAAAAUCUCAAACCCCAGCAUUGGAAGAUGGUGAUGGAAUACUUGACCAUCCAGGCUUUGAUUGUAUGAUGUUUGAGCCCCCCAGACAACUUGGGACUCUUAGCACCCAGGGUCCUGGGGCUGAUCUUCCCGAGUGCUCUUACUCUCAUGUGGAUGUUGUACCUCUUAAUUCUGAUUCAGAGAAUAGUUUUCCCUUUUCGAUGAACAAGGUGAGUCACUCCAUAACUGAGCACAAACAACCUGUAGCUUACAGAGAUAAUAGACAGAGGGUGCCGUUGCCCUCAGAUGAGCCUCACAUGACUGUGCGAAAAGGCAUGGAGACUGGAUCCAAUGCCUUGGUAAUGACGGAUGGUUGGGUCUCCCAUGACAGUCAUAAUAACGACGCUGUGAAUUACAACCAAGACGGCACAGCAGGUAACCGGUUCAUUUGUAGUUUCUGUGGUAAGACUUUGGCUUGUCUGAAGAACCUCAAGACACACCUUAGGGUUCACACCGGGGAGAAGCCGUUCAGCUGCAUGCAGUGCGGGAAGCGCUUCUCCGACUCCAGCAACCUCAAGCGACACCAGAGCGUUCACACAGGGGAGAGACGCUACGGCUGCAGCCACUGCGGCAAGCGCUUCGCCCAGUCAGGCUCACUCAAAGUCCACCUUAGCAUACAUAAAGGAUGCAAGCAGUUCCGAUGCCCACAGUGUGAAAAGACUUUCAUAUCGGCCAAUCAUCUCAAGAGACACAUCAGUGUCCACGAUGGAGAAGAAAGUAUUUUACCAACCACUUUUCAGUGAGUGAAAGCAUACCCAAACGUGCUUUAGCCCAGCUUGAACAAAAAAAGGGAUCGGGUGCUCGACUGAAGGAGUUGAUCAUCCAAAAAGUAUUCCAUACACUUUUGAAUGAGUGUUUUUGUGACUCUUAUCAUUGAAGUUGUUUAUCACUCAUCCUCAGCCCACUGUGUGAAAAUCGGUUUGUGGACUCAAGUAAUCUCAUUAGUCACACCGGAUACUACAUACAGUGUGGGGAGAGGUUUGCCUCGAAGCACAUUCUUAGAAUUCACCUAGAGAGAAACUAUUCUGAGUGCUCUAGUGCUGGAGAUUGUACUGUCACUGAGUAUACCACGAACACAGUUAUUCAUGAAUAAUUCUACUUUUUAACAUUUUGACUGAACACAUUUUGUCUGUAUUGGGCUAUUUGUUAUUUACAGUUUAGGAGUAGUCUUAUAACAAAAGGAAUGGAAUUAAAACAAAUGAUUUUGUAUGUGUAUCUAAUAAUGUGCACCAUUAUUAUUUCAAAAGUGCUGCAAGAAAUAUAUGAACAAUACAAACAGUGAUUGUUACUACUAUUAUUAUUAGUAGUAGUAGUAAUAUAAAAAAUACUACCUCUCUUUAGGAAAAACACUCCUCCAAGCCAACCAGUCUAGUAAAAUGAUAUCUCGCAGAGGCCCAUGUAUGACGUUUUGAAAUAUGAAUGAUCUUGCACACAUUAUUUUUGUAAACAUUUCUUCUGAAAAUGUGUUUUUGUGAAAUAAACAAUUGUAAGAAAAAGGCCAGUA